CGGAUCCUCCUUCCCCCGCCGUUCAUCUACAGCCUCCGUGGUGCCGACAAUCUCCUCAAGAGACGCCCGGGAAUGACCAUGGUACAUUUAGAUUCCAUCAAGGCCGGAUUGCAGUUCCCCCUUCAUCAGUUCUACUUUGAUUUCUUCCGUUGUUUCAACGUUGUUCCGGCCCAGUUCAUGCCGAAUUUGUAUCGGCUCAUCUCCAUUUUUUAUCGUCCGUUGCCAAUCGAAAGGAUUCACCCCGAGCCUGGACCUCUUCCACUACUUCUUCCAGGUCGCUCCCCAAAAUGCCGAUGGAUUUCAGAGCGUGGCCGCCCGUCCCCACUAGAAGCUAUUUGAGGGUGCCCCAACCUCUAUUCAUGAUUGGAAGAACCGCUUCUUCUUCCUCCGUUAUUCAGACGAGCGGCUUCCCGUGAGGUGGAAUGGAUUUCCUCCGAUGAUAAAACAGUCGGAGCCGUCCGCAUAACUGGAUGAUGCCGUCAAGAAGUUGAAGUUGGAUGACGUCAAGAAGUUGAAGGAAUUUCUGACAAUCAGGGCCCUCUUCGAUGCAGGGAUAGGUACAGCCCGUGAUCCCUGGAUUAACAUUUGCUCGUGUUUAUCUUGUGGGCCCGUGCGGCCCAGUCCCUGAGGUGAGUGCCCUUGAGAUUAGUGACGCCUUGUUCUGAUAUUUUUGUUACUUGUUUUCGGUCUCCCUCCUACCCAAGAACAGAUGGAGGACAACGUCCUGAUGGCUCGUCGUGAAGAAAAGGCAGCCAAGAAGCGUGCUGCACCGGAGAGGAAAAGGAAGGGUGCCCAGUCCUCCAAGGCCAAUUCUUCUGCCGCGUCUCAAGCUGACAGACGCGUUGGGGAGGCCGAGCAGCAGCUCAUCGCAGCUGUGACUGGCUAGAGCUCGGGGGUCCUCAAUGCUGAAACUGGCCUGAUUCUGGAUGCGGAGCCUAUGAGUGUCGCCCCCCCCCCCCCCCCGCGCAAAUGGGGAUAAGACCAAGGGGAAAAAAUCAAAGAGGUAGCGCACCGAGCCCUCUGGCCCUGAUGCCACACUGCCCUCUUCCGGACGUCCGGCUCCUGAAGUAUGGAGGCAAAUGGCUCUCCAAGCUGGGGUGAAGUUAUCGCCUCAUUCGUCGAUUAAGGCUGUUGGCCAAGCUAUGACACAGAUUCUCGACGUAAGGCCCCACCCCUUUACGCUUUCUUUCCUUUUUCCCUUGAUCUCGUUCUACCGUUCGUCCCUUUGUGACCGCAUUUUCCUCUUUAGGCUGGAUGGAGCGUGUUAUAAGCAGAAGCUGCCCAGGAGCAAGAGGCUUCUGAGACCAAGAGGAGAGCUGAUGAGGCUCUGUGGGCGGAGCAGGAGGCUGCACGGGCUAAGGAGGCGGCUGCGGCGGCUGAGAAGAAAGAGUUCCGAGUCGCUCUGGAUCUGGUCCAGAAGGAGAAGCAUGACAUCCUUGCCAAGGUGGCCUUGGUGGAGAAGCACUAAAUCUCCUUUGUUCCCGUUGCUGCCUCGGUCCCAACCUCUGAAGGUGAGGCCGCUCCCGGCGACGCUCUUACCCUAGCCCUUGAUGUCGAUGAGUUCAAGAAGAUGCC